AUGAACGAUGGAGCCUUCUGGGAGCUGCCUGAUGAGCUUAUGGCCAUCAUCACCUCGCACCUGACUGAGGAUGAGGACAGGCACAGCCUGCGCCUUGUCUGCAAGCACUGGCGCAGCGCUGUCAACGGAAGCGUCUCGAGGUUGAGCGGGAACAUGUACUGGACAUGUGACGUCCACCUCCUCAUGAUGCCUCUCUUCCCCAGCGUGGCCUAUGUCAACCUCAGCCAGUGCGAGCUGGUCAGCCACAUCCAUUCUCUAUCGGCCCUGCCAGCCCUCAAGCGCCUGGACCUCAACUGGUGCACAGGGCUCAAUCCGGCCUCUCUCCAUGCCCUGACUGCCCUGACAGGGCUGUCCCACCUGGACAUGUCCGGCUGCGCUGACGCUGUCACUGAUGACAGCAUGCGCCAUCUGGCAGAUUUGCACCAUAGCCUGGAGUGGCUCAGUCUGCAGGGCUGCCCCGCUGUCAGCAGCAGGGGCUUGGAGCCUCUGCAGUCCUGCCACAAGCUGUCCUACGUCGAUCUCAGCGGUACCAGCGUUGUCAGCCUACAAUCCCUCUCUGAGUGUAUGUCCCUGCGGCGGCUGCGCCUCUCUGGGUGCGCGCGGCUGGCGGAUGGCGCACUGCACAGCCUCACUGGCCUGCCGGCCCUGGGUGAUCUGGACCUGCGCGGCAGCAAGCACCUGAUCACCGCUACUCUGCUGAAUGAUCUGGCGCAUCUCCCAGGUCUGCGCAAGCUGGACUUCGAGGGGUGCGAGGAUCUGGCAGAUGCCAGCGUGGACGGCCUGACGCGACUAAGCUCCCUGACUCAUCUGAACGUCAGCGACUGCCCCACCCUCUCGCAGAGCGGCCUCAGCCGGCUGACAGGGCGCAUGCCUCGCCACUGCGCUGUGUUCCACGGGUACUCCUGA